UCACUUGCCACCAUUCCCAAAGUGAAAGUGAAAAAAGCAGAGAGAUCACAGCAUGUUCUAUGAUUCUAAUGACCAAAGCACCAUAGGACUCUUACCCUCUUCCGCUGUCUCUCUCCAAAUCAUUCACUUUCACAUUCACAUUCACACUCAUUCUCAAAACGGACUGCUACAAGACACCACCAUUUAUUUUUCUUUGGAUGGCACAAUAAAAUAAUUAAAAGAAACCUCUGCCUUUUGUGUUUUUGAAUCCCUGUAAAGAGCAGAGUGGCUCUUUCUCCAUUAUUGUUCUGUUCUGUUGUUUCUUUAUCUGGCUUUGCCAUCUUUUUUUUUUAUUAUUUCUAUGGGCUUCUGAUCUAACUCAGUUGGUCGAGAGAACAUGGGGUCUUGGCUUCUGCUUCUUUUCUCUCUUCUUCUUUUCUUUCACGCCUCCUCUGCUCAACAGGGUUUUCUGAGUUUGGAUUGUGGUGGCCCAGCAAACUUCACUGAUGCACUUGGACUAUCAUGGACUUCGGAUGUUAAUUUUAUUUACGGAGAAGCAGCAAGCAUAUCAGUUGCAAAUGAGACACGGAAGCAAUACACUACAGUGAGACAUUUCCCUGCAGAUUCCAGGAAGUACUGUUAUAGAUUGGAUGUUACAAGUAGGACAAGAUACCUUUUAAGGGCAACAUUCUUGUAUGGUAACUUUGACAACAAUAAUGUCUAUCCAAAAUUUGACAUAUCUGUUGGGCCAACUCAUUGGUCUACCAUUGUCAUUUCUGAUGCUAAUACCAUAGAAUCUAUAGAGCUAAUAUUUCUGGCUUCAAGUUCUUCUAUCAGUGUAUGCCUAUCCAAUGCUACAACUGGGCAGCCGUUCAUAUCAACCCUUGAGCUCCGACAAUUCAAUGGUUCAGUUUAUUUUACAGCAUUUGAAAACCAGUUUUAUCUCAGCGUGUCUGCCAGAAUCAAUUUUGGUGCUGACAGUGUGGAUCCAGUUAGGUAUCCUGAUGACCCUUAUGAUAGAAUAUGGGAGUCAGACUCUGUGAAGAAAGCGAAUUAUCUAGUUGAUGUUGCUGCUGGUACCAAGAAAGUUUCAACUGACAUGCCAAUCAACAUCAACAUUGAUGAAAGGCCUCCUGAGAAAGUGAUGCAAACAGCUGUAGUUGGCACAAAUGGGUCGCUCACAUAUCGGUUGAAUUUGGAUGGUUUUCCUGGUUUUGGGUGGGCUUGCACAUACUUCGCUGAAAUUGAAGAUCUGGAUCCCACUGAGUCCAGAAAAUUCAGGCUGGUACUCCCAGGGAACCCUGACAUGAGCAAAGCUGUUGUCAAUAUUGAAGAAAAUGCUCAAGGAAAAUACCGUCUCUAUGAACCUGGAUAUACCAACCUAUCCCUACCCUUCGUAUUAUCUUUUAGAUUUGGAAAGACUUCUGAUUCUUCCAGGGGACCACUUCUGAAUGCCAUGGAGAUAAACAAGUAUCUUGAGAAAAAUGAUGGUUCUCUAGAUGGAGAUGUUAUUUCUGGUGUGAUUUUAUUCUACUCAACAGCAGAUUGGGCACAAGAAGGUGGUGACCCAUGCCUGCCAGUUCCAUGGUCAUGGGUGCAGUGCAACUCUGAAGCAAGGCCAAGGAUUGUUAAGCUCUCAUUGUCUAGCAAGAAUUUGUCUGGGAGUGUUCCUUCAGACUUGACGAAGCUGACAGGUUUAGUUGAAUUAUGGCUCGAUGGAAAUUCAUUAACUGGUCCAAUUCCUGAUUUUACUGGAUGCACAGACUUGGAGAUCAUUCAUCUUGAGAACAAUCAGUUGACGGGUGAGCUGCCAUCCUCCUUGCUGAACCUACCAAAUUUGAGGGAACUGUAUGUGCAAAAUAAUAUGUUAUCCGGAACAAUACCAUCGGGUCUCGGUAGAAAGGUGGUUUUGAACUACUCUGGAAACAUAAAUCUUCAUGAAGGAGCCAGAAGAGGGAGGCACAUGGGUAUUAUUAUCGGUUCGUCAGUUGGAGCUGCUGUUCUUCUGAUAACUACAUUAGUGUCUUGCAUGUUCAUGCAAAAAGGAAAGAAAAGACACCCUGACCAAGAACAACUUCGGGAUUCCCUACCUGUGCAAAGGGUAGUUUCUACCUUGAGUAAUGCUCCUGGAAAAGCUGCUCACUGUUUCACAUCCUUUGAGAUUGAAGAUGCUACAAAAAAUUUUGAGAAGAAAAUAGGCUCUGGAGGUUUUGGAGUUGUGUACUAUGGAAAAAUGAAAGAUGGAAGGGAAAUUGCAGUGAAAGUUCUAACUAGCAAUUCCUUCCAGGGAAAGCGAGAGUUUUCAAAUGAGGUGAGUCUUCUUUCAAGGAUACAUCACAGAAACCUGGUACAGUUUCUUGGAUUUUGUCAAGAAGUUGGGAAGAGUAUGCUUGUUUAUGAGUUCAUGCACAAUGGAACACUUAAGGAACAUCUUUACGGUCCUUUAAAACAAGGAAGAAGUAUUAGUUGGAUCAUGCGCCUUGAGAUAGCUGAAGAUGCCGCAAAAGGGAUUGAAUAUCUUCAUACAGGCUGUGUUCCAGCCAUUAUACAUAGGGAUUUAAAAACCAGCAAUAUUCUUCUUGACAAAAACAUGAGAGCGAAGGUUGCGGAUUUUGGCCUUUCAAAACUUGCAGUAGAUGGAGCUUCACAUGUCUCAAGCAUAGUUCGCGGCACCGUAGGAUAUUUGGAUCCCGAGUAUUACAUCUCGCAACAGCUAACAAACAAGAGCGAUGUUUAUAGUUUUGGCGUCAUUCUCCUGGAGCUGAUGUCUGGUCAAGAAGCCAUAUCUAACGAGAGCUUUGGUGUAAAUUGUCGCAAUAUAGUACAAUGGGCAAAAUUACACAUUGAGAGUGGGGAUAUCCAAGGAAUCAUUGAUCCCUCACUAUGUAAUGAAUUUGACAUCCAGUCAAUGUGGAAGAUAGCAGAGAAAGCUUUGACGUGUGUCCAGCCUCAUGGUCACAUGAGGCCAUCUAUUUCAGAAGUUCUCAAGGAGAUCCAAGAUGCUAUCUUAAUUGAAAGGGAGGUGACAGCAGCAAGAGGUUUCUCUGAUGAAAUGUCCAGAAAUUCUGUUCAGUCUUCAUUCAACCUGGGUUCUUUGGAUUUGGGUGGAACUGAGAAUUGCCUGGCGCUUGACGAGUCCAUUGCGCGGCCAACCGCCAGAUAAUUCUUUACAUUUCCACCGCUGGCAGUUUUUGGUCUAGGAUUUAUAGUGCUGAAAUCAAAAAUCGAAUCGACCCUUUAGGUUUCAAGCAAGAGCAAGAGCUUUGAACGUGUAAAUUUUGAGCUUGCAAAUUAUUUAUAUUCCCAUUUUGCUGUAAAUUUACCCUCUUUUGGCAAUGAAUAAAUGGAUCCUCCCGUUUCUAUGCUAUAAA